AUGCUGCGAACUUCGGGGAUGGUGCUAUCGCAGUGCUUGGAUGAUCUGCCCGCUUUGAGGCAAACGCGCAGCGGAAAGGACGCGCAACUUCAGGAUUUGUAUAAUGAGAGACAUCGGCUUGCUUUGGAGGAGCUGGUUUCGGGAGGCAAGGAAUCGUAUUUGUCGUUCUUGAAAAAAGAGGGAAUCCCCAGUUUCCUCUCCGAUGACGAGAUACGGCGAGUCUGGCAGUCCGCCGUGGUGCCUAAGCGCGUGUCUUUAAGCGGGGAUGACGCCUGCCUGGAGCAAUCCGUCAGCAGCUCAAUGAACUGCUCUUCGGUCACCUACUUCCCCGACGUCUCGGACGUAGAUCCUCCGGAGCUGGAGCUGGGCUGGCCCGCCUUCAGGUCCAGCGCUUCCCGGGGAGUUACCCGAGCCGUCGCGCACUUUCAGCCCAGCUACGGCGAAUGCAUUUACAGCUGCAAGGAGGCUGUUAGGUGCAUGAUUAGAAGCGCAAAAGAGGUGAUCGCGAUCGUCACAGACUCCCUAACCGACCUAGACAUAUUUGGAGAUUUGAAAGAGGCGUGUACGGGACGUCGGGUCCCAGUGUACAUCCUCCUGGACCAGUCAUGCGCGCCCUACUUCCUGCAGAUGUGCACAAAUCUCAGCCUCUGCCUUGACAGCCUACAGCACAUGCGGGUGCGUACAGUAAGAGGAGCGACGUACUCAAUGCGGUCCGGAGCGAAGAUUGUGGGCAAAGCUAACGAGCGCUUCAUGCUGAUCGACGGACACAGAGUGGCGACGGGAUCGUACAGAUUCAACUGGACAGAUGGCAAGCUCAACAGCUGCAAUCUGAUCGAGCUCUCCGGUCAGAUUACAGAGAAUUUCGACAUGGAGUUCCGUAUUCUCUACGCCCAGUCCUUGCCUCUCAGUGCCCAGGCUCUGGCCGGUAAUCAGCCCAGCAGUGCCGGGGAUCUUCAGCCUGUCACGUCCCCAUUAAAGCAGGAGGCCCACCAGGUUCCUGUACUGGAGACCGAGGGCGAGGACCACUAUGGGCAGCCAGGGGGCGAUCUUGAGGCAGCGAAACGAGCCAGUGAGGGCCGUCCUUCGUCCGACACGUCCACGAUAGUGGCAGAUAGGCCGGAACAUGUGUCCGCUGUUCCCUCUGACGGGAACACCGUGGAGUCAGUGGUGGACUUGCUGGCGGUGAAUUCCCAGAGCCCAUAUUUUGUUUGCAGUCAAACCAGUGUUACCUUGAUGGACGGUGCGACGCAGACAGACCGGCCCACAUGGCAGAACCUCUCAACCUCUGCCACUCAGACGGAUCUACAGGUACCUGCCUCCUGCGGACCGAUGACAGAACCUCGGUCCUAUUAUACCGCCAGCAUGAGAGGGCGGUCGCCGUCUGGACACUCGCCCGGCGGUGCCCCAAGGGACUGCUUCCAGGAGCUGGCCAAGGAGCGCCGGCGCCGCUACUCCAGGAUUCGCUGCAAGCUGGAUCACAUGGUCACGCUGCUGUCCAAUCGCCGGGAGCUGGCGCAGCUCAUCAAGCUCCCCUUGAGCCCACGACAGCGGAAAGACACUGAUGGCUAGGAGAAUAGAGCCAGUCAGGGUCUGGAAAUGCAGGGAACUCCUCUGCCUCGAUGGACAAAGUAUAAAAGGUUAAAGUGAAAUAAUUUAUAUUAAAAAUGUUUAGGGGAAAUGGAAGUGUGUAAAGUACAGUGGAAGUUUGUAAACGUGUAUUUAGGCUACAGUUAGCAUUGAAUUUUUCAUAAUUUUAAAAUGUACAUUAUUUCUGUGCUUGAAAAUGUUAAGGCAAUUGGUCCUUUUUUAGGAUUACAAUAAAAUAUGUUGUAAAUUUUUAUUUUUAA